CCCAGCCGACCUCUCCCCCCGGUCAUCAGAGGCUCUGUGGUGCGUCCGAUUUGGCAUCUACGUUCUCGGCUCAUCCUCCGCUUUUAGGUCUCAUCCUUCUCCCUCCAAUCCCCCGCGUUCCUAUUAGAGGGUUGGUGCCCACCAUCUCCUUGUCUCUAGUCUCCGAGAGCUUGUCCCCCGGUCUUCCCUGGCCCGUGUUCCCGCAGCUUCCCUGGAGCUAGCUCCCCGCCCUCGCUCCUUCCCUCCCACUCUCCCGCGAGCCCGCCGCCCCUCUCCCGGAGUUCGCCCGCCCCUAGCGUCGCGCUGCACGCCCGGAGUUCGCCCGCUGCCCUUUCGGGGACAGGGGGCAUCGCCACCAUCAUGCUCCCCGCCAUCUACACGGCAGUGGCGGGGCUGCUGCUCCUUCCGCUGCUGGUGAAUCUCUGCUGCCCCUACUUCUUCCAGGACACUGGCUACUUCCUGAAGGUGGUCGGAGUGGCCCGAAGAGUACGCAGCUACUCGCGACGCCGGCCGGUGCGCACGAUCUUGACUGCCUUCUUGGAGCGAGUGCGCCAGACCCCAAACAAGCCAUUUGUGCUCUUUCAAGAUGAGACUCUCUCCUACGCGCAGGUGGACCGACGGAGCAACCAAGCGGCCCGUUUGCUUCACGACCGCCUCGGACUUCGGCAGGGGGAUUGCGUGGCCGUCUUUCUGGCCAACGAGCCGGCCUAUGUUUGGCUGUGGAUGGGGAUGCUCAAGUUGGGCUGCGCCAUGGCCUGUCUCAACUACAACAUCCGAGCUAAGUCGCUGAUACAUUGUUUCCAGUGCAGUGGGGCCAAAGUGCUGCUGGCCUCUCCAGGUGAGUCCAACCUUUCACCAUGCGUCCACUACAGUCCUUUCCUCUUCCCGCGGAUGUGCUGCUCUCACCGCAACCUACACGCUGCCAUUGAAGAGGUAUUGCCAAGCCUGAAGAAAGAUGAUGUGACAAUCUAUUAUCUGAGUAGAACUUCGACCACAGAUGGUGUUGACUCCUUGCUUGAUAGACUGGAUGAAACUUCUGAUGAACCCAUUCCAGAGUCUUGGAGGUCAGAUGUUGACUUUGCCACUCCUGCCUUGUACAUCUAUACUUCUGGGACCACAGGUCUCCCCAAAGCUGCUGUGAUCAAUCAUCGGCGCAUAUGGUACGCCACCGGCCUCAUCUAUGCAGCCGAUAUCACUUCUGAGGAUGUGAUCUAUACUUCUCUGCCCUUGUAUCACAGUGCUGCCCUCUUGAUUGGAUUACAUGGAAGCAUCGUAAAAGGGGCUACCAUCGCUUUGCGUACCAAAUUUUCAGCUAGCCAGUUUUGGGAAGACUGCAGAAAAUACAAAGUGACAGUCAUACAGUACAUCGGUGAGCUGCUGCGGUAUUUGUGCAACGUACCCGAGAAACCUAAUGAUCGUGAUCACAGAGUGAGAAAGGCCAUUGGGAAUGGCUUGCGAGGAGAUGUUUGGAGGGAAUUCCUCCGGCGAUUUGGAGACAUUCAAAUUUAUGAAUUCUAUGCCGCCACUGAAGGAAAUAUAGGAUUUUUCAAUUAUCCAAGAAAGAUUGGUGCUAUUGGAAGACAAAACUUUUUACAGAAGAAAGCUAUUUCCUAUGAUCUGAUUAAAUAUGAUGUUGAGAAAGAUGAGCCCGUCCGAGAUGGAAACGGAUACUGCAUAAAAGUUCCCAAAGGUGAAGUAGGGCUGUUAAUUUGCAAAAUCACACACCUUACACCGUUCAGUGGCUAUGCUGGAGGAAAGGCUCAAACGGAGAAGAAAAAGCUAAGAGAUGUCUUUAAGAAAGGGGAUGUCUAUUUCAACAGCGGUGACCUCCUAUUAAUUGAUCAUGAAAACUUCAUCUACUUCCAUGACAGAAUUGGAGAUACUUUCAGAUGGAAAGGGGAAAAUGUGGCCACUACGGAAGUCGCAGAUAUUGUGGGGCUAGUUGAAUUUGUCCAAGAAGUUAACGUUUAUGGAGUGCCUGUACCAGGUCACGAGGGUCGAAUAGGAAUGGCAUCCAUCCGAAUAAAGGAGGACCAUGAAUUUGACGGGAAGAAGCUCUACAAGCAUGUUUCCGAGUACCUGCCUAGCUAUGCAAGACCUCGAUUCAUAAGGCUUCAGGAUACCAUUGAAAUCACUGGAACUUUUAAGCACCGUAAAGUGACACUUGUAGAAGAGGGAUUCAACCCUGCUGUCAUCAAAGAUGCCUUAUAUUUCUUGGAUGACACAGAGAAAAUGUACAUACCUAUGACUGAAGAUAUUUAUAAUUCCAUAAGUGAUAAAAGUCUGAAACUCUGAAUGUUUCCAGGACUGCGACUAGGAAUUUAUCCAGGAUACAAUCUCUGAAUAUGCCUGAUCCAGCAUUUGUUAUAAUCUAUUUUUAAUUUGAUUGAAGAUCAUAAAAUACAUUUCUCUAUGAACUUAUGCAUAUUGUAAGGGAAGAGGGUUUUUUGUUGUGGUUUUGCAUUUUUUUUAAAUUUAUCUGAACUUUUGCAAAUGCAAAGUUAUAGAGUUAAUUUGUUUUUAAAUUUGCACCUACUGUUUGUAUUUGCAAACUGGACUUAUUGAGGGAAGGGGGUAUGUUUUUUUUUAAAAUAAUAAUAAAACAGAUCAGCAUUAAA